AGGGGUAUUCAAUUUGUAACGCUUUAAACGGCAUCCGCGUAAGAAUGCUAAAAUCAAUUUACGCGUUGAAUUCAGCAUUAGCAAGUUUUUAAUAAAACUUUAGUUGAAUGUAACAGUUCAUAAGUAUUAUUUCUUUCGCUUAUACAGAAAAUUAAUAUCAUUUAAGUUGUAUCAUCUACAUUUGCAGGUAAUGUUUGUUACUAUAGGAUUUUAAAUCUUAGUUGCACCUAAUUCGUUAAACACAGUUUGCAUUUUAAUUAUGACACGAUAACAUUUCAUUAGCACAAACGCAUACAUUUAAUUACAAAAAUUGUAAUGGGAGAGAGUCACUGGAAGGAUUGGAGACCUUUUAUUUACGGAGGUUUAGCUUCAAUUGUUGCGGAACUGGGUACAUUUCCUUUAGAUACAACUAAGACUCGUCUACAAGUCCAAGGGCAAAAAUUAGACAAAAGACAUGCGCAUUUAAAGUAUUCCGGUAUGACGGAUGCUUUGUUUCAAAUAUCAAAACAAGAAGGAUUUAAGGCUUUAUAUUCUGGAAUUAGUUCAGCUAUAUUAAGGCAAGCUACUUACGGAACUAUAAAAUUUGGCACCUACUAUUCAUUAAAGCAAACAGCUAUGGAUAGAUGGGAAACAGAUGAUUUAGUUGUUAUAAACAUUGCGUGCGCUGCAUUAGCAGGAGCAAUUUCAAGCGCGAUAGCUAAUCCCACAGAUGUAGUGAAAGUACGUAUGCAAGUAACUGGUGCAGACUCAAAUUUAUCAUUAUUCGGUUGUUUUCAAGAUGUAUAUCGACACGAGGGUGUUCGUGGUUUAUGGAGGGGUGUAGGGCCCACUGCUCAAAGAGCAGCAAUUAUUGCAGCUGUAGAAUUACCUAUAUAUGACUAUAGUAAAAAUAAACUUAUGGAUUUUCUGGAAAACAGUAUUACUAAUCAUUUUCUGUCCAGUUUUAUAGCUAGCAUGGGAAGCGCAGUGGCUUCUACUCCAAUAGACGUUGUUCGUACUCGUUUAAUGAAUCAAAGGAGAAUACGUACCGGAAGUGGUGCAUUAUCACCUCAUAUUUAUAGCGGCAGCGUGGACUGUUUUGUUCAGACCUUUAAAACUGAAGGAUUUCUUGCAUUAUAUAAAGGCUUUGUUCCUACUUGGUUUAGAAUGGGACCAUGGAAUAUCAUAUUUUUUAUAACAUAUGAACAAUUGAAACAACUGGAUCAUUCGUAAUUAUAAUUAAAUAAAAUUAUGAUGUACUCAAUUAAAGUUGAACAGCAAUAAGUGAAAUAAAAUGGGCAAAACAAAAAAAAAUACCCUGGCUGCUGAAAAACUUGUUUAAUUAGUAGAAUUGCAUUGCUAAUUUCAUUUUACCAACUGGAAGCCUAGCAAAUUUAUGGCAGCCAGUGUAUAUGUGCAUGUAGGUGUGAUAAAAUACUGGUAAUAAUGGUAAAAAAUAAUUUAAACUUGUACUGUAUGAUUUACUCGUACGAACGUUAGGAAUAUAUAUAUAUAUUCAGGCACAUAAAGAAAAUGUUCAAAAAAGAAAAGUAAAUAAAUAAAAGUCAUCUUUUUUUAUCAUGAUAGAA